GUAAGGGAAACAAAUGCGAUGGGUAAAGAAAACAGAAGAAAACAAAGCCCAAACUUAAAAAGAAACACCGAAGAACUCAAAACCAAAGGUCAAUUUACGGAGAGAAGAAAACCGGGGAGACGAGUCGGAAGCCCAAAAUCAUGAUAUCUCAGUUCUUCGUACUCUCUCAGCGAGGCGAUAACAUCGUUUUUCGCGAUUAUCGUGGUGAAGUAGUGAAAGGAAGUGCAGAGAUAUUCUUCCGAAAAGUUAAGUUUUGGAAAGAGGAUGGACAAGAGGAGGCACCCCCUGUCUUUAACGUAGAUGGUGUGAACUACUUCCAUGUGAAGGUUGUUGGGCUGUUGUUUGUUGCAACCACAAGGGUUAACGUGUCACCAUCUCUUGUCCUGGAACUUCUGCAAAGGGUUGCCCGUGUCAUUAAAGACUAUUUAGGGGUUUUAAGUGAAGAUUCACUUCGGAAAAACUUUGUACUUGUAUAUGAGUUGCUUGAUGAAGUCAUUGACUUCGGUUAUGUACAAACAACAUCUACUGAAGUUUUGAAGUCCUAUGUAUUUAAUGAGCCAAUUGUGGUUGAUGCUGCACGUUUGCAACCUCUUGGCCCUGCUGCCAUCUUUAUGCAAGGAACCAAAAGAAUGCCUGGAACAGCAGUUACAAAGUCUGUAGUAGCAAAUGAGCCUGGAGGUCGGAAGAGAGAGGAAAUUUUUGUGGAUAUAAUUGAGAAAAUCAGUGUCACAUUUAGCUCUAGUGGAUAUAUACUGACAUCCGAGAUUGAUGGCACUAUUCAAAUGAAAAGUUUUCUGACAGGAAAUCCAGAAAUUCGAUUAGCUCUUAAUGAAGACUUGAGCAUAGGAAGAGGAGGAUCGGUCUAUGAUUAUCGGAGUUCAUCUGGUGCAGGGGUAGUGAUACUUGAUGAUUGUAAUUUUCAUGAAUCAGUGCGUCUUGAUAGUUUCGAUAUGGAUAGGACUCUGGCUCUGGUGCCACCGGAUGGUGAAUUUCCUGUCAUGAACUACCGAAUGACUCAGGAAUUCAAGCCUCCUUUCCGUAUUAGCUGUUUAAUUGAAGAAGCAGGACACCUUAAGGCUGAAGUAAUUCUUAAAGUACAUGCUGAGUUCCCCUCAAACAUUACUGCAAACACAAUUGUUGUACAGAUGCCACUUCCUAAAUAUACUGCCAGAGCUAGUUUUGAGUUGGAACCUGGGGCUAUUGGGCAAAGAACAGAUUUCAAAGAAGUAAACAAGAAACUUGAAUGGGGCUUAAAGAAGAUCGUUGGUGGAUCUGAACAUUCACUUCGUGCAAAGCUGACAUUUUCACAGGAAUCGCAUGCAAACAUCACAAAGGAAGCUGGACCAGUUAGCAUGACUUUCACAAUACCCAUGUAUAAUGCUUCAAGGCUUCAGGUGAAAUAUUUGCAGAUAGCAAAGAAAUCUAGUUCCUAUAAUCCUUAUCGAUGGGUGCGAUAUGUCACUCAGGCCAAUUCAUAUGUUGCUAGAAUAUGAUAUGGUGGAAUCUGCAUUUUUCUUAUUUGUUGGGUCCUGGAUGUCACUUUAUUUUUGUUCACUAGAUUAUACAGUUUUUGUUGAAACACCAUAUUUUUAAGUUGUAUCAUGUGGUGAAAUUUAUUUGAUUUCUUGUAUUGAUGUUGUGUUAGAGACAAUUCGAUGUUUGUGGGAAAUUACUUGUCAGCUCGUAAGAAUACAGUCGUUCAAACCACAAUGAAAACCCCUAAAUGAUAACAUGAAGGGUGACAGCCCUACUUUAGGAAAUCCUGCUAAAGUUGCAUGGCAUGAUCAAGUUUUCCGUUAGAAAUGAAAACAAACUUUCCAGGCUUGCCCUAUUACCUUAUAUGUAGCCUUUUCUAGUUUCCAUGCUCUGCUUAUACCGCCAGGUUUGCCCAAUCCGAUAGGUGGAACGGGUUCUUCUUGACAAAACUUAUAUUAGGAUCGGCACAAAGGGACCAAGCGUUUACCUAUACUGAAACGGUAAAUUGUGGGCUUAUUCACUGGACCCAGCCCUGAGCAUGGCAGCAACACAGCAGCACGAAGUUGGGGUUUUGGUCUUUAAGUGUCGGUUCGUAAUUGGGGUUUCCACUUUCCCUAAGACAAAAUAAAUGCUUUACGAUUACAUCCAGCAAUCCGACACAUUUUCCAUCAAAAUGUCAUUUUAAGCCAUUAGGCAAUUUGUCCUUAAACGAUUGCGUUGAAUUAUUUUUUCAUUGCUGUUGACUACUAUAAUACUAUUAUCCCCUUAUUCAAUUAUAGUUUUAAUAUAUAUAAAUCCCAAACUUAAGUUUACAAUUAUUCUGAAGUGGUAUCUAAAAAUUUAAAUUAUUUUUUUUAUCAAAUAUCAAAUAUAUAUAUAAUAUACGAAAUUUCUACAACCAAUAAAGAGCUGUCUUGAAAUCGCCGACAGAAUAAUGUACUCUGGUCAAAACUUAAAUUUCGCCUGUAUAAAAUAAGGUUUAUAACUACUGGAAAAUUAUAUUAAUAUAAGAAGAAUUGUCAAAAGAAAAAAAAAACAACAGUAGAUACUUCUCGAAAUGUGAGAUAGAUAAUAAAACUGAAAGACUUACAUCAUUUUCAAGAACUGCUUGAACUUUGAUUAUUCCCCU